GUCUGUACUUUAGAAGUUGCCGAGGAAAGCCCGGGCUCAUCCGACAAAGGCCAUGACGCUUUCUCCGGUCGGGCUGGGACGCUUCGCUGAGUGGAAGAGCUGGUUGAGUAUCAAGGCAGUAUAGCAUGUUGGAAUUGCCAAAAGCGAUUCAAACCCUCUAACACUGAUCGCGUUAUGAACAUCGUCGCGAGAAAGUCGCAGCUAUUUUUCGGCCGAACAUUAUUCAGCUUAAUCAGCCGUUUGCAAUAACACAGGCUGGUAUUUUGCUUGUUCAGCGCUAUGCAGAACGCUAAUAAAUUGCGAAUAAGCGUCUUGGUGCUUGUGUUCUUUGUGAUUUCAAAUCGCUGUCAGGUACCUAAGUACUAUUCCAUAAUCAAUCACUAUGCGCCAACCUAUGACAACAUCAAACGCCAUCGGCUCUACGAGCUUGAGGAGUGAUAAGAGGAUUAUAAGCUGUCUUUAUCUCCUUCUAAUUGCUCUCAUCAUUCUCAAGAACCUCGACUAGCAAGGUUGAUUGAACAUCAAGCCACCUCUUAAGUACUAUCGUCUGCAUCAUUUCCAUCAUACUCGGCCCAACUCGUCUAUCACCACGAUGUCGGCGAUUGCUCGGAAACCGAUCCUUAUCGCCGGCGCGGGAGUGUCGUCUCUCCUUCUUGCCCAAGCGCUUCGUCGAGCUUCAAUUCCGGUCCGCAUCUUCGAGAGAGACGCUUCCAUCACAUUUCGCGCGCAAGGCUACCGGCUGCGUCUUUCUACCGAGGGCUUGGAUGCCAUCGAGGCAGUUCUUGAGCCAGAGGCCUUCCAGAGAUUCUGGGAUGUCUGCGGGAAGACGGGUGGGAUGGGCUUCUCCUCCAUCCAUGCCAUAACAGGCGAGCCACUCGAUGACCCAUUGACCGCUGGGCAGGGUGUCGACAAAAAGCCCGAGGAAACUGGUGAAUCGCGUGGGCCAAGGGAGACAUUAACCUCUCGCGGUGGCAAAGUCGUGGGCAUUGCGAGAGGAGAAAUGCGCAAGCAGUUUAUAGACGGCUUGGAACCUUAUAUUGAAUGGAGCCACCAAGUAAUAGGAUAUGAAUCUAGCGCCUCAGGAGUCCGCGCUAUCUUUGCGGACGGCUCCAAGUCGGUAGAGGGAGACAUGUUAAUUGGUGGAGAAGGCUUGUAUUCCAGGGUAGCUGAGCAAGUUUCAGAAGGAAAAUUGAAGGUGUACGAUACCGGCGCAAGAGGAAUACACGGGCAGGCACCUACCACAGCAUUCAAGGGCUUAGGAGAAGGCGUGUUUAGAAUUGUGGACGAUUCUAAGCCCGACGGACGUGUAUUCAUUAUAACGAAUGUCCGGGCGGGGGAUAUGGAUGAUCCGAACAUAGAAUUUGGUUGGACCAUGGGAGCCCAGCCAGGAGUUAUUAAGCCCCCUAACGAAGACUACACGAUCACGGGGGCCGUGGCAGCCGAUAUCGCGAAGUCGAUAACGAAGGAUUGGGCCCCGAAACUGAAGCCUCUAUUCGACCAGAUGAUAUCGAGCGAAGCGGCAUUCUGGAAGAUCACAUGCUCUACCCCGUCUGGUGUCCCCGAGUGGAAGAACGACCCUCGAGUCACCGUCAUUGGAGAUGCAGCUCACUCCAUGACUCCUGCGGGGGGCAUUGGGGCAAAUACUGCCGUACAAGACUCUGCUUUAUUAGGAAGACUUCUUGCUGAAGCAGGCGGGUGGAGAGAUGGCAUAACAGCAGAAUACGAGAAGCAGAUGAGGGUGUACGCCAGCAAGGCUGUCGCCACUAGCUAUGGAUUGGCGACGCACCAGUUCGGUAUCAAGAUUGACGAAAAUAGCACACCUAGUAUCAAGAGGGGUCCAAGACCCGUGUAG